AUGUGCGACGACGACGUUGCAGCCCUGGUAGUCGAUAAUGGGUCUGGAAUGUGCAAAGCAGGAUUUGCCGGAGAUGAUGCCCCACGUGCCGUGUUCCCUUCUAUCGUUGGAAGACCUCGAUAUCAGGGAAUCAUGGUUGGUAUGGGGCAGAAAGAUAGUUACGUGGGAGACGAAGCCCAAAGUAAAAGGGGCGUUUUGACAGUAAAGUAUCCGAUCGAGCACGGUAUCGUAACAAAUUGGGACGAUAUGGAAAAGAUAUGGCAUCAUACAUUUUACAACGAACUCAGGAUCGCCCCCGAAGAACAUCCCGUUCUUUUAACGGAGGCACCGUUGAAUCCUAAAGCUAACCGGGAAAAGAUGACACAAAUCAUGUUCGAAACGUUUAAUUCGCCCGCGAUGUACGUUGCUAUACAAGCCGUUUUGUCGUUGUACGCUUCAGGGCGCACAACAGGUAUCGUAUUAGAUAGCGGUGAUGGAGUUUCGCAUACGGUGCCGAUUUACGAGGGAUAUGCCUUGCCACACGCAAUUUUGCGUAUGGACUUGGCUGGCCGCGAUUUAACGGACUACCUCAUGAAGAUCUUAACCGAAAGAGGAUAUUCGUUUACGACAACAGCGGAGCGUGAAAUCGUCCGAGAUAUCAAGGAAAAAUUAUGUUACGUUGCAUUAGACUUUCAGCAAGAGAUGGCUACCGCUGCCGGAUCUAGUGCCCUGGAAAAGAGCUACGAAUUACCAGACGGUCAGGUAAUUACCAUUGGCAACGAACGUUUCCGGUGCCCAGAAGCGAUGUUCCAGCCCAGUUUUUUGGGCAUGGAAUCUUGCGGGAUACACGAAACCACCUACAACUCGAUCAUGAAAUGCGACGUCGAUAUUCGCAAGGAUCUGUACGCGAAUUCGGUAUUGUCGGGCGGUACCACCAUGUAUCCAGGUAUCGCAGACAGGAUGCAAAAGGAAAUAACGGCAUUGGCACCGUCUACGAUGAAGAUCAAGAUAAUAGCGCCCCCGGAAAGGAAAUACUCGGUCUGGAUCGGUGGCUCGAUCUUGGCCAGCUUGAGCACGUUCCAACAAAUGUGGAUCUCGAAACAAGAGUACGAUGAAUCGGGACCAUCCAUCGUACAUAGAAAAUGUUUCUAAUUGCUUUGUAAUUU